AUGGCCGGCGAUGAGCGUGACUCCCCGAUCGGGGAGGACAAGCUAUGCAUCGAGAUGCUCGGUGCGGGCCAGGAGGUGGGUCGAAGCUGCUGUGUGAUCACCUUUAAAGGUUUCACAAUUGUGUGUGAUGCAGGCGUGCAUCCAGCGUAUACAGGUUUAACAGCGCUUCCCUUCAUCGACAAUCUAGACUGGAGUACGGUAGAUGCGCUGCUCAUUACUCAUUUUCAUUUGGAUCAUGCGGCUGCCUUGACAUACAUUAUGGAAAAGACCAACUUUUGCGAAGGCAAAGGCAAAGUCUAUAUGACACACCCCACCAAAGCUAUUUAUCGUUUUCUUAUGUCGGACUUUGUGCGUAUCUCCAAUGCUGGCACGGAUCGCAUGCUGUUUGAUGAGUCGGAGAUGCUGGCUUCAUGGCGUCAAAUCGAGGCUGUCGAUUACCACCAGGAAGUCGUCUUGGGCGGUGGUUUGCGCUUUACACCGUACCAUGCAGGGCAUGUGCUGGGUGCCUGUAUGUUUAUGAUUGAAAUGGCUGGGUUGCGUGUGCUCUACACGGGUGAUUACAGUCGCGAAGAAGACAGGCAUCUUGUACAAGCCGAAGUGCCGCCUAUUCGACCCGAUGUACUGAUUUGCGAAAGCACCUAUGGAACACAAAGUUUGGAACCGCGUCUAGAUAAGGAAAUGAGGUUUACAGCGCUGAUUCACAGUAUCAUCAAACGCGGUGGACGUGUGCUUCUCCCUGUGUUUGUAUUGGGCCGAGCGCAGGAACUGUUGCUGCUUCUGGACGAGUACUGGGAAGCACAUCCAGAACUGCACUCUGUGCCCAUUUACUAUGCCUCCUCCCUCGCACGGAAAUGCAUGUCGAUUUACCAGACGUAUAUCCACACUAUGAACCAGCAUAUCCGCUCACGUUUCAACCGACGUGACAACCCGUUUGUUUUCAAGCAUGUGAGCAAUCUCCGAAGUCUGGACAAGUUUGACGACAAGGGGCCUUGUGUUAUGAUGGCGAGUCCUGGCUUUAUGCAGAGCGGUAUUUCACGCGAGUUGCUUGAGCGCUGGGCACCAGACAAGCGCAACGGUGUCAUUGUGAGCGGCUACUCGGUCGAGGGCACGAUGGCACGCGAGAUUCUGAGUGACCCUGACGAGAUUAUCGCGAUGAAUGGACAGCGUAUUCCGCGUCGUAUGUCGGUUGACUACAUCUCGUUUUCCGCACACGUUGACUAUACGCAGAAUUCGCGCUUUAUCGAUGAGGUCAAAGCAAAGCAUGUGGUGCUUGUGCAUGGCGAGCUGAAGAACAUGAGUGGAUUGCGGGCCGCACUUAAGAGUCGGUACAGCGAUCGUGAAGAGGAUGUACAAAUCUACAUGCCACGCAACUGUGAGCCGCUAUAUUUGUCGUUCCGGGCCGAGCGUACAGCGAAAGUCAUCGGCUCGUUGGCGUCGCAGCCGGCCAAGCCAGAUCGUCCCAUUGAUGGGCUCUUGGUUGCCAAAGACUUUUCGUACACGGUGCUGGCCCCUGAUGACUUGACUGAGUUUACUGGUCUCACCAUGAGCAGCAUGUUGCAGCGGCAGCAUGUGUCUUUGCACGUAAGUUGGGAGUUGGCACGAUGGCACCUGGAAGGCAUGUACGGCCAUGUAGACGAAGGCGUGGAUGACGCAGGCGUCCGCUGCAUGCGCGUCAUGAAUGUCGUCGAUAUCAAGCAGCCAACAACGCACGAACUGCUCUUGGAAUGGGAGUCCAGUGUGUCCAACGAUAUGGUCGCUGACUCUGUGGUCGCGUUGCUGUUGGGCAUUGAUAGCUGUCCCGCCACUGUCAAAAUGACGAUGCACGAUCACGUCUGUGCCCAUCACCAUCCUGCCGAGACCUCUGCUACGCAUGCGAGUCAGCUAGAGUCACUCAUGGCUGUCCUUGAAGCGCAUUUCGGGGAUGUUGCUAUGCUGGAUGUGGGUGGUCAGCCAAUGCUAUCUGCUUCCGAACCGUCGGACCCUUACGAUGCCCAAGCGGAAACGAGCAUGGCCAUGGAGCCAUCGUCGUCCGCUACCGCUUCUACGUCCGAUGCGACAGACCGUCCAGAGGCGCAGGUGGCCACGACUGAGCCGCCAGGAAAGGAAAACGACGAACGGCCAGCCUUGGACCGUCUGUUGGAGCUGAUUCAGGGGCCUGUUCGGCCGGCCAUCAAAGUGGCCCUGGACGAUGACCCGGCGAUUAUCGAGCUCGAAACUAUGGCGGUGCACUGCUUGACCGAGACGCUGAAACAGCGUGUGGAAAAGCUCGUGGCCAUGAUUCAAUCGACGAGCGAGACACUGACCGAUACCUUCCGACUGGCGCCUGUGUGCUCCACCAUGCUAUUCCAAGGCAAGCACAGCGAUGUAGAAAUGCCUGCGCCCAAAAUUGAAGAGGCGGUGCCAGUGAGCAUGUAG